GUCCCACCUGGGACCUACCUGGUGGGUGGAUUGGGGGCCUCACUCAUGGGAGUAUGGAUUACCUUAGGUAGCAGGAAUGGGUUUGUUUGGGCCUUGAAAACGUGUAGGAGUUUGACAAAGCGAAGAAGACAGGUGUGCAAGGCUGAGAGGCCUGGAAGAGCAUGCAGUGCUGUGCGAACAGCACAGAACUUAAGUGCAGGAGCAAGAUGGGGCUGAAGAGGCAGCUCCUUCCUGCCUUCCUGGAUCGCUGGGGGGCUGAGUGCUGCGCAAAAGUCUCGCCAUUCCCUGUGGGACGGGGGCGUUAGUGGGCUUAUCAGCAGGGACAGGACAGGCUCAGAGUCACUUUAGGAAGAGAAUCAGCGGCCCGGGAUAGGAAGUGACUGUUGGGGUUCUCCUGCUGGCUGGUGAUGAGCUAGUGAGUAGUAGUAGUUCUGGGGAAAAUCACCAGCGCCGGGAUGUGGGGAGGGAGGCAACAAGACUGAAUUGGUUGACCAGGAAGGCCAACCCAUCUCCUUAAAGUGCCCUUCGCUGGUGCAUGAGUGAAUGCAGUCCCCGACCUCCUUGACCUCGAGGAACACAGGACGCAGCCGGUAGUACGGCCAGCUCAGCUCGCUGCUCCUCUAGCCCUGUAGGAGGUGCUGUGGGGACAGCCUGGCGACCGCGCAUGCGCAAAACGCCGUCAGGCAGAGGCGCCAGGGACUGGGGGUGGGCUCCCGAACCCGGAAGCGAGGGAACCCACGUGGGAGCUUGGGAGGGAACGGUCGUAGCUCUCUAGUCCAGUUGUGGGGAAUGCGGCCUGUUUCUUCCUGUCCGAGAGAGCUCGGCGGAGGCAGUUGUCGAGUACCCUUCACCCCUGUGUUGGGAGCCUGGGAGCGAACUGCGGCGUGGGUUACCGUUCCCGGGGACGCAGCAGGGGGCAUCGAGUCCCUGGCGGGAGCUGCGCCAUGGCACUGCUCUCGACCAUCCGGGGCGCGACCUGGGGUCGCCUCGUCACCCGUCAUUUCUCCCAUGCAGCGCGGCGUGGGGAGCGGCCUGGUGGGGAGGAGCUAAGCCGCUUGCUGCUGGAUGACCUGGUGCCGACCUCGCGGCUGGAGCUUCUGUUUGGCCUGUCCCCGUGUCUCCUGGCUCUGCGGGCCGCCCGCCGCUCCGUGGCCCGGCUCCUGCUCCAGGCGGGUAAAGCUGGGCUGCAGGGGGAGCGGGCCGAGCUGCUCCGGAUGGCCGAGGCGCGGGACAUUCCAGUUCUACGGCCCAGACGGCAGAAACUGGACACAAUGUGCCGCUACCAGGUCCACCAGGGUGUCUGCAUGGAGGUGAGCCCGCUGCGGCCCCAGCCUUGGAGUGAGGCCGGGGAGGCGAGCCCAGGCGACGACCCCCAGCAGUUGUGGCUCGUCCUCGAAGGGAUCCAGGAUCCCCGGAAUUUUGGGGCUGUGCUGCGUUCCGCACACUUCCUCGGAGUGGAUAAGGUCAUCACCAGCCGGAGAAACAGCUGCCCGCUCACUCCAGUAGUCAGCAAGGCCAGCGCGGGGGCUAUGGAGGUGAUGGACGUGUUCUCCACCGAUGACCUCACUGGAUUUUUACAGACCAAAGCCCAGCAGGGCUGGCUCGUGGCCGGCACAGUGGGCUGCCCAAGGGCAAAGGAUCCCCAGUCCUCCGAGAUCCCCAUCACGAGUUGCUUGGAGUUCCCCUGGGAUCGGCCUACUCUCCUUGUGCUGGGGAAUGAGGGGUCAGGUCUGUCCCAAGAGGUGCAGGCCUCCUGUCAGCUUCUCCUCACCAUCCUGCCCCGACGCCAGCUGCCUCCUGGACUUGAGUCCUUGAACGUCUCUGUGGCUGCAGGAAUUCUUCUUCACUCCAUUUGCAGCCAGUGGAAGGGUUUCCCCACAGAAGGGGAGAGAAGGCAACUUCUCCAAGACCCGCAAGAACCCUCAGCCAGGUCUGAAGGACUCAGCGUGGCUCAGCACCCAGGGCUGUCUUCAGGAUCAGAGAAAGAGAGGCAAAAUGAGAGCUGACGUGGACUGUCCACAGUGUUCACAUGCUGGAGUCAGGGACGGCCGCACCUGCCUCCGCCUGCUCCAGUGUGCAGGAGCCUCUGCCUGAGUGUGCACCAGGCCCAUGUUUAUUGACCACGGUCUCGUGGGGAAGGGGACUGCGGUGGAGACCAGAGGAAGCUGUUUCUUGUUGUGAUGUUGGACCUGUAGUAGGACAUGGUAGUUUGUUAAUUUCCAUGGGAAGCCAUGAUGGCCUAGCAUGGAGGGACUCUCCUCCCAGGCCCUGUCUGGAAGUUGAGGGGAAGUCUAGACAUCUGCAGGGAGGCAGGCAGCCCAGCCCAGGGGACCCGUUCCUCUUGAACCAGUCAUUGCCUGUGGCAAAUGUGUGUGUGAGAAUGUGGGGUGUGGAGGGCAGGGCCCUGAUGUGGGGUAGACAGUGCACACGUCAGGCCUACACACGGCCCCACCCUGGGGCCUUGAGCACAGGUCUCAUCUUUCUGUGCCUCUGGACUGUGCACCUACCUCACGGGGUUGUUGUGAGGCUCGAAUAAAACAUCACUUAGCACCUGGGA